AUGCCAAGUGUAUGGCUCCCUGAGAACGGCACCGAGUUCUUGCAUUACUUUAUAUCCCACGUCAAGUCAAACUGGCUUGCUUAUUGCGACGCCCAUCUCGCGGACGUCAAUCUUCGCAGGCAGGUGAUCAAUUCCAAUGGAAGUGAUCCGCAACUCUUGAACACGCUGUUAGAAGAUGGCCUAAAGUGGCUGAAUUAUCGACAGCAGCUGGGAAGGUUCACGUCGAAGAUCCGAGAUUUCAUCAAGAGUUAUUCCAGGAAGUAUAACGAGACGGGCGACCUGGACGAAGUCUUGGACCAAUUCUACAAUGAUAUUGGUAAGAAACUCGAUUUGCUGGACGAGAACUCAAGAGACAUCAUUCAAUUGGUGAGCGUAUCCUACUAUAUUGUACGAUCGAUCCCGUUGGGCUAA